AUCAAGUUCCCUUCGUAGUUGCGCCAAAAUGAUUCGUUUCGUCACAGCCGUUGCAGUUUUCAUCGCCUUGCUAGCUGUUGCCGCUUGCUCCCCAGCAGAUGAUAACUCAACCGUUACUGAUAACAAUGAAAUAGUUGCGGAUAAUAUCACGGUCGAGGAAUCGGGACAUAAUUCAACCGAGUUGACACCAGAGUUACAUAAGGGUAGGCGAACUCACAAAAUCGUACGCCGUUUUGGAUCAGAAAAGUGCGGCAAAACUUAUGUAGGCAAACAGACAAUUAAGCGGGACUCUGGUACUCCUGAGACUAUUCAGUUUAACCUUGAGUAUCCGCCCCAUGGAGAUUAUAAAAAACAUAAUCCUAUAGUGUAUGCUGAAGUCACUUGCUGGCAAAAAAAUACUGCUUGCAACUACAUGCGCGAAGUCAAGUUUACCAAAGAAGAAGUUAAAAUUUACGUUGAAGCCUGGAGAGUAACACAUGUUAAAUGUGUAUUAAAGGUUUACUCUAAUUGCGUCUAAUUGUAAGAUAAAUUGUAUUAUCUAGAUACGAAUUAAACUUCUGGAAUCAUAACAGUGA